AGUCGAUUAGUAUUUAGUGCAAUGUGAUGUAAGAAAUAUGAUAUGCAUGAAUAUAUCCGUUAGAAAGCCGUGUUCGACCCGGCUAUUCCGGCGACUUUGUAAUACACCGAUAGGGGCGGCCGAUUGCUAAGUCAGAUUGGAGCGAUGUGGAUUGCCAGCACAAGCCGUUCGGACCAUAGAAAGCGGGGAAGUAAUGCAACUAGCUGAUGUUCAUGAUGCCGUUACCCUACGUGGUAGUGUAGGAAUAACCACCGUAUAAAUAUUAUUAAUCCGGCAUAUAUACCAGCUUGCCUUGAUAUAAAUAAGGUUGCUUUUCGCCUACCUUGGCAUUGAUCAUACGUAGACUACUAAACCCGGAGUCGGAUGACAAAAAGACUGAAACAAAUUGCAACAAAGUUUUUGCGUAAUAUGUCUGACAUCCAUCUGUACACAGCUCAGACGCCUAAUGGUGUCAAGGUGUCGAUCCUGCUGGAGGAGUUAGGGCUACCUUAUAAGGUCACCAAGAUCGAUAUUAGCACGAAUGUGCAGAAGGAGCCCUGGUUCCUGGAGAUUAACCCAAAUGGCCGUAUUCCAGCACUCACGGAUACUUUCACCGAUGGCAAGCCUAUCAGGUUGUUUGAAAGCGGUUCUAUCAUGCAGUAUCUGACGGAUAGAUACGAUACGGAGCAUAAGGUCUCAUAUCCGAAGGGAUCUAGGGAGUACUAUGAAGUGAAUAGCUGGCUCAUGUGGCAAAUGGGAGGUCUUGGUCCGAUGCAAGGACAACUGAACCAUUUCAACCGUUAUGCCCCGGAGAAGAUUGAGUACGGCAUCAACCGGUACAAGAACGAAACUCGCCGCCUCUAUCGGACACUCGAAAUACAGCUGAAAUCAUCGACGUCUGGCUACUUGGUCGGUGACCGAUGUACGAACGCGGACAUCUCGUGCUGGGGAUGGGUCGCAGCAGCAAAAUGGGCUGGAAUUGACAUGGAUGAGUUCCCGGUAUUACACGAAUGGGUCGAGCGGAUGCUAAAGCGUCCGGGCGUCGAAAAGGGUCGCCAUGUGCCGUCCCAGCAUGUCUACGAAAAACUCAAGGCCACCUCUAAUGAGGAGAUGGAAAAACAGGCUGCUCCGUUGAGAGACUGGGUUCAGUCAUCAAUGAAGGCGGAGGCAAAGUAGCGGCUUUAUCUUGAAUCUUCCACAAGCUUGCUGUACAAAGCGUAGGUAGCCAAGAGGGAUAUCGUAUAAUAAUCCAUAGAAAGAACAGUAGCUAUGCUACCUUAGCAGCUUAGGUACAUUUAAUUAGUACGAAGGUAGUUGUACUCUAUAUUCCUAAGAUGGUCUAAGUGAUAUAGGUACCUAUCAGGCACAGAUUGGGUGACUGGAUUACGUACGGAUCCGUA